GGCCGCAUCUUCUCACCAGCCUGUCCAAAGCUGCCGACCUGGACCAUCACUGGGUGGCGAAGGCUUGGCUGAAUGACAUCGGCCUGUCCCAGUACUCCCAGGCCUUCCAAAACCACCUGGUUGACGGGCGGAUGCUGAACUCCCUGAUGAAGCGGGACCUGGAGAAGCACCUGAAUGUGUCCAAGAAGUUCCACCAGGUCAGCAUCCUCCUGGGGAUUGAGCUGCUGCACCAAGUGAACUUCAGCAGGGAGGCACUGCAGGAGCGCCGGGCCCGCUGUGAGACCCAGAACAUUGACCCCGUGGUCUGGACCAACCAGCGGGUGCUCAAAUGGGUGCGAGACAUCGACCUGAAAGAAUACGCAGACAACCUGACCAACAGCGGCGUCCAUGGCGCCGUGCUGGUGCUGGAACCCACGUUCAAUGCCGAGGCCAUGGCCACUGCCCUGGGCAUUCCCAGUGGGAAGCACAUCCUCCGGAGACACCUGGCGGAGGAGAUGAGCGCCAUCUUCCACCCGGCCACCUCCACAGGCAUCCGGGAGGCUGAGCGCUUCGGAACGCCCCCUGGGAGAGCCUCCAGCGCCACCCGGGCGGGGAAGGAGGAGAACAGCAGUGGUCUCAAGUAUAAGGCCGGCCGGCUGCCCCUGGGGAAGAUAGGAAGGGGCUUCAGCAGCAAAGACCCCGAUUUCCAUGAUGACUAUGGCUCUCUUCAAAACGAAGAUUGCGGAGACGAUGACCCCCAGGGUGGGCUCGAGCAGUGCCGUCUGGAAGGCUACAGCAGCCUGGAGGUCACCAACGUGUGAGGAACCCAUGGCUCCCGGCAGGAAGAGCGGCCAGAUGGCCCAGGUGCCGUCCCCACUGUACAUAGCGACCUCAGGCUGAGGGUUCCCCUGCUCCUGGGCGGAAUCCCAGCAGACUGCUGCAGUGUCAGAUGGGGAGUGCCCCGGAGAGAGAAGACCCAGCCUGCCUGUCUUGGGUGGGCC